AUGGAUUCCCUUAACGCGAGCGGAAUGGACGCGUUCACGGUGAUCCAUCUGAAUUCCUCCUCCUGGAGCCUGGACAGUGGAUAUUCUCUGGCAGCGAUCGCCGGCAUCGCAGCGCUUGUAAGUUUCCUCAUACUCUUCACCGUGGUUGGGAAUAUUCUGGUGGUUAUUGCCGUGUUGACGAGCAGGGCACUGAAAGCCCCCCAGAACCUCUUUCUGGUGUCACUGGCCACCGCGGACAUCCUGGUCGCCACUCUGGUGAUGCCGUUCUCUCUGGCCAACGAGCUCAUGGGCUACUGGUAUUUUGGAAAAGUUUGGUGCGGUAUUUAUUUGGCUCUGGAUGUUUUGUUCUGCACUUCGUCUAUUGUGCAUCUGUGCGCAAUAAGCCUGGAUCGGUACUGGUCCGUUACGCAGGCGGUAGAGUACAACCUGAAGCGGACUCCUAAACGCGUCAAGUGCAUCAUCUUGAUCGUGUGGCUCAUAUCUGCGUCCAUCUCAUCUCCACCUCUUAUUUCUAUAGACAGCAACAACGAUGUCAGCUCUCAGCCUCAGUGCGAGCUGAACGAUGACACCUGGUACAUCCUCUCCUCCAGCAUCGCGUCCUUCUUUGCGCCAUGCUUAAUCAUGGUCCUGGUCUACAUCAGAAUAUACCAGGUGGCCAAAACCAGAACCAGGGCCAUGUCGGGAAAAGAUCCCAGGCCAGAUGGUGCCACACAGACUGAGAACGGGCUGAGCAAAGCCACUUCCCCUUUCCAUGGCGAGAAGGAGAACGGCCACUGUCAGUGCCCGCCUACGCCCAGCCAGCGCACCGUCACCGUGGGCGCACAGACCGAGGAUGCUGACAUGGAGGAGAGCAGCUCCUCAGAGGGCAAAGGUCACAAGCCCCAGGACCAGGACUCCCAGAGAGCCAAGAGGCCCAGUCAAAAGAAGAGCCCUCUCACCAAACACUCCUCUCGCAUUGCAAGAGUUAGCAACAAAUCCAUGGACCUCUUUGCCUCCAGGAGGAAACGUCGCCGGAGCUCCUUAGCCAGGAAAAAGGUCUCCCAAGCCAGGGAGAAGAGGUUUACAUUUGUCCUGGCUGUGGUCAUGGGGGUGUUUGUGGUGUGCUGGUUCCCCUUUUUCUUCAGCUACAGCCUGUACGGUGUGUGCAGGGACUCCUGUAAGAUACCUGACCCGCUGUUUAAGUUCUUCUUCUGGAUUGGCUACUGUAACAGCUCCCUGAACCCAGCCAUCUACACCAUCUUCAACCGGGACUUCAGGCGAGCAUUCCAGAAGAUCCUCUGCAAGUCGUGGAAAAAGUCCUUUUAG